AUGUCCGGCCGGUCAGACCCACGGGCCGACGGAUGGGCGGAGAAACAGGCAAACAAAUGGACAUACAGGAGGAUAGUUGGGUGGAGACACAGUUGGUGUGGGCUCAUGGGUGAGUUAUCGCCAUUGUGUCGGCUCAAGCCCUCCAGCGUCGAGUCGACGUCCAGCCUGAGUGCCGGUUAG